CGGCCGGCCACAGGGAUGUCUUUUACUAUAGCCCCAGCGGGAAGAAGUUCCGGAGCAAGCCGCAGCUGGCCCGCUACCUGGGCGGCUCCAUGGACCUGAGCACCUUUGACUUCCGGACAGGCAAGCUGCUGAUGAGCAAGGCAAGCCGGAGCCGGCAGAGGGUCCGCUACGACUCCUCCAGCCAGGUCAAGGGCAAGCCCGACCUCAACACAGCCCUCCCCGUCAGGCAGACGGCUUCCAUUUUCAAGCAGCCGGUGACCAAGAUCACCAACCACCCCAGCAACAAAGUGAAGAGUGACCCCCAGAAGGCCGUGGAGCAGCCUCGACAGCUCUUCUGGGAGAAGAAGCUGAGUGGCCUGAACGCCUUCGACAUCGCCGAGGAGCUUGUGAAAACCAUGGACCUCCCCAAAGGCCUGCAGGGCGUGGGACCCGGCUGCACGGACGAGACCCUGCUGUCGGCCAUCGCCAGCGCCCUGCACACCAGCACCAUGCCCAUCACUGGGCAGCUCUCGGCCGCCGUGGAGAAGAACCCCGGGGUGUGGCUGAACACGGCCCAGCCUCUCUGCAAGGCCUUCAUGGUGACCGACGAGGACAUCAGGAAGCAGGAAGAGCUGGUACAGCAGGUGCGCAAGCGGCUGGAGGAGGCGCUGAUGGCCGACAUGUUGGCGCACGUGGAGGAGCUGGCCCGGGACGGCGAGGCCCCGCUGGACAAGACGGGCGCCGACGAGGACGACGACGAGGACGACGAGGACGACGACGAGGAGCCCGACCAGGACCAGGAAACGGAGCACGUGUAGAGCAGGUCGCCGGCCAGGCGGGUCCCGGUCCACAGCUCGCGCGCGGGCAGGGCCCGCAGGGGUGAGGGACGUGCCCCACGCAGGGCGGCGGCUGUGCCGGCGUCCCCGGAGGGCAGCUCCCCGCCAGGGCGCCGAUGGCGCCCUCUCCCCGUCCUUGCGGAGGCCCUGCCCGCGGGGAGCCGCCUGCCGACCCCGCCGUCUCCACGCUUGGACCGGGCUCCGUGGCCGGGCCCGGCCCGGGAGGAAGGGGGCCCCUCCUAGGUCUUCCCAGGCGUGUCCCCUCCCCGGGGUCCCCGGGGGCACGGCUGGAGGACCGCCCCUGCCCGGCGGGCUGCCGCGCUUGCUCCUCUCCAGAGGACGUGAGACCCGAAGUGCCAGCCGCUCCCGGGCCCUGCCCGCGGGAGGCCCCCGCUUGGAGCCGUCGCUGUCAUUCCGCGGCGGACUCGGGGCCGGCCUCGUCCCCACAGCUGCCUCACACAGGACAGCUGCCCCCAGGCGGCCUGCGAGGGUGCUCGAGGGGCCAGAGAAACGUUUUCUGGAACGGUCUUGGUCCCCGAUCCCUGCACGAGGGAUGAUGGUCCGGGGCCAGCACACCGGCCUUUCCGGAAAGGGGUGCAGGAUGGCUCCCCAGCCAUGAUGGCCCGGGGUUCAUCCGGAGGCAGUGGGGCCACCCAGACGUUUUCCUUCAGUAAACCCGGGACACGGAUGAGGCGGGACGUCCGCGUAACGGCUCGAGCCUUGUGUUGGCCGCACGUGGACGUGAACUGUGGACACCUGCCCUGCCGGAGGCUCAGCCACCGCAGAAAGAAACUGCUCACGGCCAACUGCCUCCCUGUCUCCUCCCUCCCCCGUGCAGCAGGGACAGUGACUCCCGGCUCUCGGGGCCAAAGCUCUCCCGAGUUCCCAUCCUGGGGCGUGUUUUCCGGCCCAGCAUCCCUGAGCGCCCGGUGCCCCGAGCAGCAGCCUCCGGGGAGCCCUGGACACAGGGCGUCAGAAUUGUGGUCCUUAAUCCCCGUCCCCUCCAACCCUGAGUGCCUUGGGUGAGGGGAGCCACCCUGGCCCUGCCCGGCCCUGCCCCACAGCCUGAGACUGUUGGGAAGGCCCCGGGUCGCUGCCCCGUGCGGCUGUCACCCUGGCUGAUGCAGGGGGUAGGGGAGGUGGGAGCCACCUGCGCCUCCGAGGAUGUCAGACCGGCAGCAUCUCUCAAGCCCAGUCAAAGCACAAACCCUCGAGACCCACCCACGGGGUGCCCCGCAUGGGCUGUGGUGCCGAUGCCGGCCGGGGGGUGGGGGGGGGUGAGGGGAAGGCCCCUCCGCGAGGCCGCAAGCCAUCCUGCCCUUCCCGGGGGGCCACGGCCACUGAGAGGGAGCUACGUCCGGGGCUGGCCCCUGUGCGGGCCUGAGUGCGGGGGCCCGGGAGGCACCCUGUCGGUGGGCAACCGUUGAAUAAAGCCAUCUCGGUGAGUGUGG